AUGCACAGGGCCCCGUGGUUCAGCAGAGAGCGCCGGGGGACGAGGCAGGGCCGCUCGGCGCGGCGCGGAGCUCCGGGGCCUGGCGGAGGGGCGGCGGCGGCGCCUCCUCUCCCCUCAGGCGGCGGCCGGGCGGGGAAGGGGCCGGGGCCGAGGGGGAGGGAAAGAGGCCGCCUGGCGCCUCCUCGGGGCGCCUCCUUAGGGGACGGCGGUGCAGGCGGCGGUGGCGCGGCUCGGCCGUGGCGCUGGCGGUGCCGGUGCGGGCCCGGUCUCUCACAUGCCCGCGGGCCGGGCCUGGGGCCGCAGCGAGCGGGGCAGCGGCGGCCGCCGACUCCAAUGGCGGCGGGCGCCGGGCUACGUCUUCGCGAGGACUCUGCCUCACGUUCUCAGGAUCACUGAGACAGAAUCACUGAGCUUCCCGGGCUGGAAGGGGGACCCAGGAUCACCGAAUGAAAAGAGCUCUGAG